AUGAGCUCCUCAUCCUACCUUCUUCUCUCGCUACCGACAUCUAUUGUCAAAACCGGCCACAAAGAUGAUGCCUUCGACGCCAUAAACACUCACAAAACUCCCUCGGAUACAAAUCUCUUGCCGUUUAAUAUUCCAGACUUUAAAAUCGGGACGCUGGAUACCCUGGUUUUACAGGCUGAUGAGCUGGCUAAGCUUGAUGCUGCUACUGAGGCUGCUAUGACCAAAGCUUCGGACGUGCUAAAGUCCAUCUUUGACGGGAAUGAAAUUCGGAUGUCGGAGAACAAGUUGGUCAACGAGAAACCCUUCCAAAACUACCUCCAAUCUUUCACCUGGAACAAAGUAAAAUACCGUGUCGAACGUCCCAUCCCAGACAUCGUCUCAAUCCUCAAAUCCGAAAUCCAAUCUCUCGACGAAGACAUUAAAUCCAAAUACUCCAACUACCAAUCCGUAAAAUCAAACCUCCAAAGCCUACAGCGCAGACAACAAGGCAACCUCUCCACCCGCUCUCUAGCAUCAGUCCUAAAACCCUCUCACUUCCUGAACUCAGAAUACCUUACCACGGCCCUAAUCGCUGUCCCCAAACCUAACGAAAAGGAGUUUUUAACCACAUACGAGACAUUAAGUACAAUGAUCGUCCCCAGAUCCGUGUUUAAAAUCUCCGAGGAUCCGGAAUUCGCGUUAUUCGGGGUCGUAGUGUUCAAAAAGCACGCCGCGGAGUUAUCGCAUAAAGCUCGUGAACAGAGAUACAUACCCAGAGAUGUAACGUACAACGAAAACGCAAACGACGAGGAACAAGCAGAGACCAAAUCCGCGGAGCAGCAAGCCGAAAAACUAUGGGGGGAGACACUACGGCUCGCUAGGACGGGUUACAGCGAACUUGCGGCCGCUUGGGUGCAUGUUAAGACUUUAAGAGUGUUCGUGGAGAGUGUGCUGCGGUAUGGUCUACCACUGGACUUUGUGGCUGCUUGUUGGGUGGGGAAGGGGAAAGCGAUCGGGAAGGUGAAGGAUAGUUUGGAGACACAGUAUGCGCAUUUGGGAGGGAAUGCGUACGGGAGGGAUAAGAAGGGGAAGAUUGUGAGGAAAGAUGAUGCCAAUGUGGCGGAAUUGGCGGCGGGGACGAUGGGUGGGAGCGAGUAUACACCGUUUGUGGAGUAUCUUUUUGAAGUUGCGUAG